UCAGUGUCAAAAAAUAAUUUCGUCAACGUCGUUUCUCUACCAAAUUUUAAUGUUUUUACAUAUUUAUCGGUAACCGUAGCUAAUUUUAACUAAACUAAUACACUUCACUGCCUUCUUUGGUGCUAAAACUAUACUAUAACAUCUGAAAGUUGUGAAUUGAGAGACGAAGAACUACUUUUUGAGUACACCAUAUUUUGUUAUGGUGCGAUUGUUGUGAACGGUGUUCUACAGCUUACAAUGCAUUGAACGCGUAGUUGCACUCACAAAGGAUUGUACGAUAUCUAUUUUAAGCCUAUACAGCUGACAAAUUUAGUACAAAAUGGAAGUGAUUCAAAACCCACAGACGAGCGAAGCCAGUACUCGCAUGCAGCGUAGAGACAAUAUGAACAACGAAGUGUCGUCCACGUCCAGUGAAGAUAUCACGCAUAAUACAGUGUCCAAGUUCAACAACUUCUAUAAAACACGGUACUCUGAAACUGCAUCGGACAACGAAUUAGAACCGCGACGAGUACAGCAAAGAAGCCACCACAAAAGCAUGGGCAAUAUACACGAAGCCUACCGAAUGGAUCGCAACUUGAAUCGAGUACACAACAGUGUGAGUACAGUCGAUUUAAGUCUUCACGGCGAGGGAAUAAAGAAGUUUGAAUCGUUACAAGUGCCUAUCGUUGGCUACGAAGUAAUGGAAGAGCGGGCACGGUUCACAAUCUACAAAUUAAAAGUAGAAGACGACAAAAGAGACCAGUCUUGGCUGGUUUUUCGUCGGUACACAGAUUUCGUGCGAUUAUAUUCACGGAUAAAGGCUGAAUUGCCUAAUAUACUGUUGCCUCUGCCUGGAAAACGUUGGUUUAGAGAUAAUUUUGAUCCUGUGUUUCUUGAAGACCGCGUGAGAGGCUUGCAAGUGUUCGUCAACGCGAUACUGAAUAAGCUACCCAAUCACCCUGUUGUUAGGGAGUUUUUCUGCUUAGACGAGCCUCCGCAAGUGUUUAGUUAUCAGCCAGAAGUGCAAGCCGUGUACGGUGCUUUGGAGGACUCAAUAUCAACGUUGAAAAUGCAACUGAAGCAAAAGGACGCUACGAUUAUGCAUUUACAAAAGCGAGUAGCGCAGUUAGAAGCUCAAUCGAAAAGUUGUUCCCAAUGUAGUACAAAUAAUAACUCAAACGCGAUGUAGAGUUCGCUGCAAUCAAAAAUGUGGCCUUUUCAAAGUCAACACAGUACAAAAUAUUGAUAAUUUUAAAAUCAUAAUUUUAAUACGGAAAAAAUAUAAACGUCUGUACUGAACAUGACUCAAUAAUUAUACAAAGUGUUUCCAUUAUUAUGGUUAUUUAAUUAAAUGGUACAUUAGAAAUAUGACUUUUGUGAUAUGAAAUGUAUUAUAUUUAACGUGUUUUCUAUAAGUAUUGAUUAAUUGAUAAUAUAGCAUUUUUAUCGUAGUUCAUUAUAUGGCAACUAGAUGCAUUUUUAGAAUCGUUAGGUUAGUCUAUUUUUAAGCCUUGAUCACACGUACCGAGUAAACGGGCGAGACAGUAAAAUGUUUACUCGGUCGAGACAGUUGGGUGAGCGAGUCAAAUACUCGAGCGCUCGGCCGAGCACUCGGCGUAAUGUUCAUACGCACCGAGUACUCGGCCGAGAGCAGUGUCUCGCCUGUUUACUCGGUACGUGUAAUCAAGGCUUAAGUAUCAGUUGUUAUAGCAGGAUUGGCACAAAUAGAUAUAUUACGCUGUUUAUGUACCACAUACAAGGUUGAGUUAUUGUUAUACUAGCUUUUGCACAUGACUUCGCCUGUGUGAAAAUUUUUUUGUCACAGAAAACCUUAUAGCGCGUGUCAUGUUUCAAAAACCGGGAUAAAAACUAUCCUAUGGCCUUUCCCGGGACUCAAACUAUCUCUAUGCCAAAUUUCAUCAAAAUCGGUUCAGUGGUUUUGGUGUGAAAGUUUGACAGAGUUACUUUCGCGUUUUUAAUAUAAGUAGGGAUUGAAGGUAUAAAAAGUAAGCGAAAGAUUCUGGUUGUUCAUAAUGUCUAUUUGUGCCAACUACCCUAUUUUACAUUGCAUUUAUUCCCAGCAACUAUAAUUCGCACACCUAGAUGAAGGGUGGUACAACUCAAAAUAAUCCAAAAUUGAGUUAUUCCGAUUAUCGGAAUCUUCUACAAACUAUAACUAUAAAAAGAGAGAAUUUUGUGUUGUACUGCUCUUUUUUCUAUGUGUUUCCCUUUUUUAUGUAUUUGUUUUGAAGUGUUGUUAUUGAAAUAAAAUUAAUUGAAUCCGAUACAAGGGUGUUAUAAUGUCUAGUAUACGAGAUAUCGUAGCGUAUGAAGUUACAUUCGUGUACAGUUGUACACUUUUGGGUCCUGCAACUUUUCUAAUAAAUAUUGACAAUUAGUCCACCUUACAAAAGCUUUAUGUAAAGGAAAGCUACUUACAUAAGUAAAAUGUUAAAGUAAGAUUUUGAAAAUCAUUUAGUAGAACGUAAAAGAUAAAGAUUUUUGAAAAAAUAUUUCUUUAGAAAUAUGAAACUAGGACCAAGGAAUUAGCGAAAAUAAAACGUAACGCACUUAGUGCAAAACGUGGUUCAACGAAUCUAAAAAUAAUGUUUAUUUGUUGUACUAAGGCCUGUGUAAAUAAUUCUUAAGAUCAUACAAGAUUCGAGCCAGUAUUUGGUAAAAUACUGAAAUUCAUUCAAUCACAGGCUUGAAAAAGUUCGAGUCGAGUUUAGUUUUUUUAUACAGAUUAUCAUCAUUCUAACUCAAAUAAUAUCAAAAUAAGAUUGGUUAACUUUUCAAACCUUUUGUCAGAUAUUCUGAAUCGUUACGGGUGUCUGACAUGGCUCAAAUCUGAUUCUAUCAAAUAAAAGUUAGUUUUCUUGGAAGCUGAGCUACAAGAACUGUAGAAAUUCCAAUAUAGUUGAUGUAAAGUUGAUGAAAUAUUGUCAAUGGGUGCUAAUAUUGUCACAUUAUAAUGUUUGUCUGUCUGUCAGUAUGUGUAUCGUAUAAUAAUUUUAAGUGUGAAAUGUAAUGAACACAUUUUAUUAUAUGGACUAACUGAUUA